AUGUGCCUUUCUCCCUCCCUGCUUGUUCGCCGCCAAUGUUGCCAGACAAGGGCCCGUCUCAGCAGACAAUACCAUGCGCGGCUCUCGGCUUUCCAUGACCCCGUUCGUCGGUCGAGGAGGCUGACCAACAGUCAAUGUUCCUAUAUCUCCCAGUCACGAUCAAACCUGCCGAGUGCCCGGCGCAGCUCCCAUUCACCUCCGACAACACCACCGCUCGCGGCGACGGCCCAAGACCCUGCGACGCAUUACAGCCCGCCGACGACAGGCAUAGUCGCAUCUUUACCGAAAUCGUGGAUUCCCUACGCUGAGUUGAUCCGACUGGACAAGCCCACGGGCACGUACUACCUCUUCUUUCCCACGCUCUUCUCCACCCUCCUUGCGGCGCCAAUGGCAGUCGGUGUCACUCCACUACAGGUGCUCGGGACGGCGGGGCUCUUCUUCAGCGGCGCAGUGGUCAUGCGAGGCGCCGGGUGCGCGAUCAAUGAUCUAUGGGAUCGCAACCUGGAUCCUCACGUCGAGCGCACCAAGUUCCGGCCUAUUGCAAGAGGCGCCCUCUCACCACCAAAAGCCGUGCUGUUCACGGGCUCGCAACUACUGGCUGGACUCGGCAUUCUUCUUCAAUUCCCCUCCCAAUGCCUCUGGUAUGGGAUUCCCAGCUUGCCGAUUGUGGUGGCUUAUCCGCUCGCAAAACGCUUUACCAACUAUCCUCAAUUUGUACUGGGACUUGCAUUCUCAUGGGGGGCGAUCAUGGGAUUUCCCGCAUUGGGCGUGGACCUGCUCACUAACCAGGAUGCCCUCAUCGCUGCGGGUGCUCUCUAUUCCAGUUGCAUCGCCUGGACGGUUCUGUACGAUAUGAUAUAUGCACAUAUGGACAUCAAAGAUGACGUGGCCGCGGGGAUCAAGUCGAUUGCCCUGCGCCAUGAGCACAACACCAAGGCUGUGCUGACGGGGCUGGCAGCAACCCAAGUGGCGCUGCUGGCGACAGCAGGUAUGGCCGUGGGCUGUGGGCCAGUGUUCUUCGCAGGCAGCUGCGGCAGCGCUAUUCUGUCGCUGGGACUCAUGAUCUGGAAGGUCCAGCUGAAGAGUGUGCCGAAUUGCUGGUGGUGGUUCAAGAACGGGUGUCUGCUGACGGGGGGAGGGAUCACCUUGGGCUUGCUCGGCGAGUAUGCGGCGCAAUCCCUUGGUCUGUACGAUAGCACGCUAUCCUCGGAGCAGCCGGGGUCAACUCAAUGA